ACUAAAAAACUGCCCAGUCUCUUCCACUAUUUCCGAGUCCUCCGAAUCUUCUAAUCGCUUCCAAGUAAGUCUCUUUCCUUCCCCCUUUCUGAGUCAUGUCUGACCGCGAAGAUAGCCCGAACCCUUCCGUUCAUUCUUACGGUUCUGGCGACCGGUCUCAAACCUCUGGUUCUUCUUCUUCUUCCUCUUCAUCUUCUGAGCGCCCGGCUGCUCCUCCACAGAAGCAACUGGUUGAUGCCCCCACUUGUGCCCCUUCUUCUUCCGCGGCACAAGUGGUCAAACCCCAAGAGGCCGAUGACCUGGUUGCUUGGGAGGCCACUCUUCGGGCCGGGGACGCCUCCACCCGCGGUCUUUACAACGUGGGGAAGUGGGGGGUCUACCCCGGUCGGGAGACUGACCCCGAGCUAGAGAUUGUUCUAACCGAGGCGAUCUCUCAUGCCAUCCCCAUCCGCCGGGUGAAAGGUUCUAAGGCCCCGGUCUCCACCACCACCGGUCCUUCGCACCCGGGGAAGAAGAAGAAAGAGAAAGUGGUGAAGUUCCAAUCCAAAUUUGCCACCCCCAAGAUUGUUAUUGAGGAGCCCUCGACUGCCCAGCCCCUCAGCCAACCCUCCGGUCAGCCGCUCUCGCUGGAUAAUCAACCUGCACAGUCCCAUAAGAGGACCAGCCAACCGAUCCAUUCCGGGGAACUCUACAUAAAUGUCGGCCGGAUCGGCCUAGAGUACAUCACUCGGCUGGUGAAGUCCAGGGAUGAGGAGAAGGCCCGGCUGGAGGCCAUGAUGGUGACCUGCCGGAAGGAUGCCCAGGCCGCACAUGCCAAGGCGGAGAAGGCUGAGGAAAAGCUCGUGGAGCAUUGCGCGGUCUACCGCCAGCUCUACGCCAAGCAUGAAGGUCUUCUCAAGGCUGCAAAAGAGGCCGACGCGCAGGCCAAGGAGAAGAUCGAAAAGCUUGAAGCCCAGAACACCCGGUCUGCUGAAGAGAUCGCCCGGCUUGGGGAUGAACUGGAGAAAGAGCGGGCUGAACGGGUUUCUCUUGCAGCGGCCUGGGCGAUUUUGGAACCAGAGGAGUUUACUAGCCGGGCCAUCGCUGAUCGGGAUGCUGCCAUCCGGCUGAUCCAAGGGCUCUAUAAGCACUAGCCAUCAGCCAAGGUCGUUGAUGAAAUCGCAACCUUUGGCUUCGAAAGUGGCCAGUAUGACGAGCGAUGGGCGUUGUAUGG